AUGGGGGAGGGGCGGGAGGAGGAGGGUCUCCUUUGUCUGAGCGGCGGCGGCCUGCGCCGGGGAGGGAGGGAGAGCGGGAGCCGGCCGGGGAAGACCCGAAGGCUAAGCCCUGUGGAGCCCACAAAGACGAGCCCAGGGCCGGACCUCACCCUCUUCCUUCCUCCCCCCAGCCGGCUCGGUUCGGGGAAGCUGCAGGAGUUCGGCGUGGGGGAUGGCAGCAAACUGACGCUCGUCCCCACCGUGGAGGCUGGCCUCAUGUCUCAGGCCUCCCGGCCAGAACAGUCUGUGAUGCAGGCCCUGGAGAGUUUGACUGAGACGCAGCCCCCAGCGGCGCCCGGGCCGGGCCGGGCUGGCGGAGGCGGCUUCCGGAAAUAUCGAUUCAUUUUAUUUAAGCGUCCGUGGCACCGACAGGGACCCCAGAGCCCAGAGCGGGGCGGCGAGAGGCCCCAGGUCAGUGACUUCCUGUCGGGCCGCUCGCCGCUGACCCUGGCGCUGCGUGUGGGUGACCACAUGAUGUUCGUCCAGCUGCAGCUUGCCGCCCAGCACGCCCCGCUGCAACACCGCCACGUACUGGCCGCCGCUGCAGCCGCCGCCCGCGGGGACCCCAGCAUCGCGGCCCCCGUGCCCUCUCCCUGCCGGCCAGUGUCCAGUGCCGCCCGCAUCCCCCCGGUGCCCACCAGCCCUGCCCCUGCGUCCCCCUCGCCUGUCACAGCUGGCUCCUUCCGAUCCCACUCGCCCUCCGCUGCCUGCCCUGAGAUGGACUGUUCCCCUCCCGCCAGCGCCAGCCCCACAUCCACCCCCGGGGGCAGCCCCGCCUCCCGCUCACGCAAGCCGGGCGCUGUCAUCGAGAGCUUCGUGAACCACGCCCCCGGGGUCUUCUCCGGAACCUUCUCUGGCACGCUGCACCCCAACUGCCAGGACAGCAGCGGGCGGCCGCGACGCGACAUCGGCACCAUCCUGCAGAUCCUCAACGACCUCCUGAGCGCCACACGGCACUACCAGGGCAUGCCCCCGUCGCUGAGCCAGUUGCGCUGCCACGCCCAGUGCGCGCCCGCCUCGCCCGCCCCAGACCUCGCCCCCAAAACUACCUCCUGCGAGAAGCUGGCGGCCACGGCCCCGGCCUCCCUGAGCCAGGCCCGCGUGUGCAAGCCCCCCGGGGACCGGCUGCGGCAGACGGAGAACCGCGCCACCCGCUGCAAAGUAGAACGGCUGCAGCUCCUGCUGCAGCAGAAGCGACUCCGCAGGAAGGCCCGGCGCGACGCCCGGGGCCCCUACCACUGGCCGCCCAGCCGCAAGGCCGGCCGCAGCGACAGCAGCAGCGGCGGCGGGGGCGGCGGCCCCAGUGAGGCCGCGGGCCUGGGCCUCGACUUCGAGGACUCCGUCUGGAAGCCCGAAGUCAACCCCGACAUCAAGUCCGAGUUCGUGGUGGCCUAGGAACCGCGGCCCUCGCCCCAGCCCGGGUGGCCGCACGCCUCGCCCAGCGCAGGACGGCAGGCGGUGGUGGUGGCGCAGCCGGAGGCCCCUCCCUCCCUGGCCGCCCUCCUUCUGGUUUUCUUUUUCAUUUCACUUCUUACCAUGGUUUCCCGAACUCUCUGUGGACUUGCGUUCCUGCCUCCUCGGUUCAGCUCACACUUCCCCCCACUUCCUCCGUCACCCCAUCCUCGCCUCCUGUCCCCGGCCCGCGCCCGCGCCGGGUCCCUCCCCGCCCACCUUCCCCAGCUCGAAAUAUGUAGCAGUCUUUCCAGAUGGUUCAGCGGAGACGAGGAAGCCGCCCCCAGCCCUUCCGCUCCGCCGCCCUGCCGCCCUCCCUCACCCUCUUCAGGUUUAAGUUGAACAUGUAGAUGCCUCAUUAUGCACUUUACAGCCGAGGGGAGGGGGCCGCGGGGAGGAGAGCCCCCUGCACCCCGGCCUGGGCUCCCACACCCCACUCUCGGGAACUGCAGGUGCACCCAACCGACCAGGGACUGUUCCUCUUCACGUCUGUCCUCUUUUCUCUUCUUGGUUUUUCAUUUCCACUUUCCUCUUUCCUGGAAAAGAAAAGGAAAAGCCCUUUCCGGGCAGAGGCUGGCCAGAGCCUGCUUGGGGUUCGGGUCGGGUGUGGGGCCCUUUCCUGGCAGGAAAGGGGGGCAGGGCGCAGGCCCGCCGCCAGCCUCCGCCGUCCGCGCACUGUGCGAUUUCCUCCGACGCUGCCCCUCCUUUCUGAGCUGGGGGUAUUUAUAGACUAUUAAUUUUCUGACUGAGCCAAUAGUGGUUGGGAAUCUGUUGAAAAUUCGGGAGAGAAUUGGCUGGGGGGCGGGGGAGACGCCCCCAGCCCUCCUCCCGGCCCAACCUGAGGGAUCUGGGCCUGUGGACUGUCUGGGGGCCCUCGGCCCGGCCGCCGGGAGUGGGGGGUGCUGAGCUGUGAAACCCCCGGCAGGGGCCACACUGUGUAGCAUUAACCCCCUUGGGGGGGGUUCGCUGCUGGUCUAAUUUGGACCCUCCCCCACUCAUGCCCAUGGUCCCCGGGGCAGAGGGACAGACCCCCUACUGGGGCCAUUUCAGUGGGGGUGGAGUUUUUUUUUUUUUUUUUCAUUCACUUUUAUUUUUUACUGAUAAUGGAGAUGUUUGGGCCCUGCCCCCCACCUGUCAAGUCUUGUCCUGGCCCCACCUGUCUGUCCUGCGCGACACCCCCCACGCCCUGCCUGUCCCCCUCCCCAUCCUACUCGUAGGUGAACCCAGGUCCUCACCCCCCCCAUUAUAUGUUAAUGGUUUCAGAUGUGAACAUCAUGUGUUAACUGUAGCUCUGUAAAUUUUUUUGUGGGGGGGGUGGGCAGGGAGGGGUCAGAGGGUAGGGGUCAAGGAUUUGUUUUUUUGUUUUUGUUUUCCAAAAAAAAAAAAAAAGAAAAAAGAGGCGGGUUUGUUUUUGAAGAACUGUCUUGGAGAUCUA